AUGAAGGAUGUGAUCGGUCUUCGAGGAGCAGCGAAGAUCAACGAUAUGACAAUCUCAUCGAGGGAAAAGAGAGCCCUGAUCUUUCCCGGUCCACAAAUACCCCCAACUCUUUUGUUGAUCUUUGGCCUAGGAACACCAUUGCAAUUAGAUAGCGAAAGCGUAAUCGUUGGAGUUUUUAUUAAAAUAAUAUAUGCACUGCCAAUAAAUAGUACAGAUUUCACUGAGCCUGGAGUUUACUAUACCAGAAAUACCAGAAGCAGAUGGAGUAUUUAUAAAAUUCUUGAAAAGGCUGCAACCAUUUAUGGAUUUGGUGGAAAAGCUUGUUUGUUAAGAGCCAUUUGCGAAAUAGCUCACGUACCUUUUGAUGCACAUCACGGAUUAUUUGGUCAAUUGAUGCAACUAUUUUUUAAGCCGUCGAGUACCGAGGAGGAGUACGAUGAGUACGGGGAUCGAGAGUACAGGGCAGCCGAGCGGCUGGGCAAGCAGGUAGCGGGCGAAAACUGCCACGCCCUUUAUCCGGAAUGCCGCAGGAGUGUGCUCGACGUAUUUUCAACAGUGCAGCCCGCGUGA